AUGCGAGGUGAAAGCCCUUCGGCAAUACGAAUCGCGGACCUCCAAGCUCCUCGACGAGAACUAGCACUUAAAUGCCACGUGCCAUUCUUGAAGGCCGAUGCCACCGAUCCGGCCUCCGUAGCCAACGUCUUUACCACUCCCUGGCUGGUCGAACACGCGAAGUUGCCCCUAACGGUCUUUCAUACCGCCGCCUACAUCCACGCCGGCUAUCGCAAGGCAGAUUUCCUCGACAAAUACAUGAAAGUCAACGUCGAAGGCACGGAGAACGUGCUCAAAGCAGCGAAAGUGGCAGGUUGUGACGUCUUCAUCGCAACCUCCUCGUGUAGCGUGGCCAUUAAACCUCUCGAUUUCUUCGUUCCCCCGUGGGAGAAGCACCCGAGGAACUUUGUUCAAUUCUCGGACAAUGGCGACCCGCCACCACUGAAAUUAGAGAACUUCGCAGGUUGUUAUGCCUAUACGAAGGCCUUGGCGGAGAAAUUGGUCAGGGACGCGGACAGCAAGAAAGACUCGUUUAGAACCGGCGCUAUCAGACCCGGGCACACGAUCUACGGCCACGGGGACAGCAACAGGAACUCAGUGGUGUUUGAUUACUUACGGCGCGGAGGACUCCAAACAUGGCUUACCCCUUUCAUCCUGCAAUACGUCUCCGCGCAGAAUGUCUCUCUCGCCCAUCUUCUGUACGAAGCUCGCCUACUCGCCGGCGACGACAUCGGGGGCAACGCCUACGCGGUGUGCGAUCCGGGCCCACCAUUCCGCUACAGUGACCUGUACCGAAUGGCCUCAACCCUCGCACACCCCAGCACGCCCAUGAGGUGGCCGAAGGUGCCACCUCUCCCACUCAUCCUCAUCUCCUAUCUUGUUGAGGGAUACACGCUCCUGCAACGCCGUUACCUGGGUUUCUUGCCCGAGGUCACAAACUUUGAUCUCUCGAUGCUUCAACGGGCCAUGUUCAAUUACUCAACUCUGGUCAUCAUCUACGAUGAUUCGCGCGCCAGGAAGGAGUUAGGGUACAACCCGGGCCACGACACGCUGGAGGGCAUCUGCUUGCAUAUGCUCGAGUGGAACGAGAACGUCGAGGCGAGUCUAAAAGCCCAAGAUGAGGUGCAGGAGAAGGCGACUGUUCUGGAGAAGAACAUUCCCGUAGCCUCCAAGGGUGUCGCGGCGUGA